AUGUCUGCCAUGAGAUCGCUGGUUCAUAGGGCCUCCCUGGCGCGGGGACUGCUCUCCCACUCUGCGCCCGUCUGUUUACCCGCCGCAUACACCUCCCGCUUCCGGAGGCGGUUUCACAGCUCCCCCGUCCCCUGGGGCAUCAGAUCGCAGAUUCUCAAGGACGUCGGCGAGGGAAUCACGGAGGUCCAGGUCAUCCAGUGGUACGUCGAGGAGGGAGCCCGUAUCGAGGAGUGGAAGCCUCUCUGCCAGUACCAGUCAGACAAGGCCAUUGACGAUAUAACGUCGCGGUAUGAGGGUGUCAUCAAGAAGCUGCACUUCCAGCCAGACGACACCGUGCCCACGGGCAUGGCGCUGUGUGAUAUCGAGGUCGACGAGGCCAAAUACCCUGACUCCGCACCCGCUCCAGUCCCAACUCCAGAGGCGGCAGCAGAUGUGGCGGCAGAGUCGUCGGCAGCACAGGUCACAGAGGCUGCACCGGUGGCCGCAGAGACGGUGGUAGAAGAGGCCGUGCCAAAGGGCAAAUACGCUACGUUCGCCACCCCAGCUGUCCGCGGCCUGCUCAAACAGCAUAACAUCGACAUCUCGCUCAUCAAUGGCACCGGUGCCCACGGGAGAGUUCUCAAGGAAGACGUCCAGAAGUACCUCGAGGGCCCUACCGCCACUACUACACCUGCCACCACCGCCCUACCAGCUUCUACUCCCGGCCUCACCACCCCACAGGUCGAGACCAGCCAACCCCUAACCCCCAUCCAGUCCCAGAUGUUCAAGACGAUGACCAAGUCCCUCACAAUUCCUCACUUCCUCUACUCGGACGAGCUAAACAUUGCCGCCCUAUCUCGCAUGCGCUCCCAGCUCAACCGCACAGCCCCCAAGGACGGCUCACAACCUAAACUCUCUUACCUCCCCUUCAUCAUCAAAGCAGUCUCUCUGGCCUUGAACCAAUUCCCCAUUCUCAACGCAAAAGUAGACACGACUUCAAACCCAGCAAAGCCGGCUCUCAUCAUGCGCGCUAACCACAACAUCGGCGUUGCAAUGGAUACCCCCACUGGCCUUCUAGUUCCUAACAUCAAGAACGUCCAGGCCCGCUCCAUCCUCGAUAUAGCUACCGAACUCGCUCGGUUAGGCGAGGUAGCCAGAGCAGGAAAACUUACUCCUGCAGACCUCUCAGGCGGAACUAUCACGGUCUCUAACAUCGGUACCAUCGGCGGAACGGUCGUUGCUCCAGUGCUUGUGCCUACCGAGGUGGCGAUAUUGGGUAUUGGCAAGUUGAGAAGGACCCCCAUCUUCGAUGCCGAGGGAAGCGUUGUUGCUGGUGAGAUGAUGAACUUCAGCUGGAGUGCGGACCACAGGGUUAUCGAUGGAGCUACCAUGGCUAGGAUGGCGGCGUUGGUAAGCCGUAUGGUCGAGUCGCCAGAGGGGAUGAUGCUUAACAUGCGAUGA